AUGUGGAAUAUUAGGGGGGUAAAGUCCCGAGGGGCUUUCGAGAGGUUGAAGUUCUUAGUCGAAUUACAUAAAGUACGCCUUAUUUUACUGCAAGAGCCUUUUGUGGAUGAUGGAACAAUUGAAUCUUAUACAAGAAGGAUAGCUUAUGAUGGAUGCUAUGCAAAUGUAAAUGGCAAGAUUUGGUUUAUAUGGUCAUCAGAAGUAGAAGUGAGUAUUAUAGCAGAUGAAGAACAACAGGUAACUAUUGUUUAUGCUAAGAAUAAAGGACAUCUCAGAGCAACUUUAUGGAAAAGUUUAAAGAUAUGCAACAAUUACAUAAAUGGGCCUUGGUGCAUCACUGGAGAUUUCAAUGUGAUUAUGAGUUCUGAUGAAAAGAAGGGAGAAAACCCACAUAUAAUGGAGAAAAGCUGGGACUUCAUUGAAUGCAUGGAGGAGUGUGGAAUGGCAGAUGUUGGUUAUACCGCACCUAGAUUCACAUGGUGUAAUGCUAGAGAUAAAUGGAACAGAAUAUGGAAGAGGUUAGAUAGAGUAUUUGUGAACCAUGAGUGGACGUCAAAGACUUCAAGGUUCAAUGUAGAACACAUGGCUAGCACAGGUUCAGAUCAUACACCUAUGCUAGUUAAAUAUUCUACAACCGAAAAUGAGGGUAUCAAGUAUUUCAAAUUUUUCAAGUUCUGGACUGAACAACCUAACUUCAUAUCAGUUGUUUAG